AUGAAGCUCUCCUCCGCUCUCCUCUUUUCCCUCGCCCCCCUCCAACUCUGGGCUGCAUCGCUCCCUCUCUUUGGCCAGUCGCCUAUCAAAUCCCUGGGAGACUCGUUCCCUGUUAGCGGUGAAAAUCCUCUGGAGUUCUGCGCCGACCCCGAGAAUGACAUUCUCGAGAUCGUCUCGGUCGACUUGACUCCCAACCCACCUGUCCCUGGCGAGAUCCUCACUAUCGAAGCCGAAGGCAUUUUCCACGCCCCCGUCGAGAAAGGCGCCAAGAUUCAUCUCCAAGUCAAAUACGGCUUGAUUCGCUUGAUAAACGUCGAAGCCGAUUUGUGCGACGAGAUUGAGGCUAACACUGAUCUGCAGUGCCCUCUUGAAGGUCAUCAGAAGUUCACCAAGGAAGUAGAAAUUCCCAAGGAGGUUCCACCUGGAAAAUAUGCUGUUCUUGCCGACGUCUACACUGAGGACAAGACCCGCGUCACCUGUCUUCAGGCCCAUGAUAUCAUCUUUCAUUAA